CGGGCGGAGCGGAGGGAGAUCCGAGCGCCGGCGGCGGGCAGCGGCGGCUGAGAGAGCGCGGCCAUGGAGGACCUGGGGGAGAACACCACCGUGCUGUCCACCCUGCGGUCUCUGAACAACUUCAUUUCGCAGCGGGUGGAGGGCGGCUCCGGGCUGGACGGCCCCAGCUCGGCCCCGGCCUCUCUGCAGAUGCAGUACCAGCAGAGCAUGCGGCUGGAGGAAAGAGCAGAACAGAUCCGUUCCAAGUCCUACCUCAUCCAGGUGGAGCGGGAGAAGAUGCAGAUGGAGCUGAGCCACAAGAGAGCCCGCGUGGAGCUGGAGAGGGCGGCCAGCACCAGCGCCAGGAACUGUGAGCGCGAGGUCGACCGCAAUCAGGAGUUGCUGACGCGCAUCCGGCAGCUGCAGGAGCGGGAGGCCGCGGCCGAGGGGAAGGUGCAGGAGCAGCGGGAGCGGCACCGCCUGUGCCAGCAGACCCUGGACGCCACCGGCCAGAGGCUGCGGGAGAAGGAGGACGGCCUGGCCGCGGCCGGCGAGACCAUCAACGCGUUGAAGGGGAGGGUCUCCGAGCUACAGUGGAGCCUGACGGACCAGGAGGUGCAGCUGAAGCGCCUGGAGUCGGAGAAGCAGGAGCUGGGGGAGCAGCUGGAGCUGCGGCACAGACAGUGGCAGGAAGCUAACCAGAAGAUCCAGGAGCUGCAGGCCAGCCAGGAGGUGAAGGCCGACCAGGACCAGAAGAUCAAGGACUUGGAGCAGAAGCUGUCCCUGCAGGAGCAGGACGCCGUGGUCGUGAGGAGCAUGAAGUCGGAGCUGGCGCGGCUCCCCAAGGUGGAGCGGGAGCUGAAGCGGCUGCAGGACGAGAACGCGCACCUGCGGGAGAUGAGUGAGACCAACGGGCUGCUCCAGGAGGAGUUGGAGGGGCUGCAGAGGCGGCUGGCGCGCCAGGAGCAGGUGCAGCAGGCCAUGGUGGACUUGGAGCUGGAGAAGGAGAGGCUGCUGGCAAAGCUGCAAGGCUGGGAGAGACUGGAUGCGGCCACAGGCUUGAACCUCAGGACUCCGGAAGACCUUUCCAGAUUCAUUGUGGAGCUGCAGCAGAGAGAACUGGCGCUGCAGGACAAGAACCGCAGCAUCAGCAGCAGCGCCCGGGCCCUGGAGAAGGCCCAGCAGCAGCUGCAGGAGGAGGUGCGCCAGGUCAGCGGGCAGCUGCUGGAGGAGAGGAAGAAGCGAGAGGCCCACGAGGCACUGGCCCGGAGGCUACAGAAGCGCGUCCUGCUGCUCACGAAGGAACGAGACGGCAUGCGUGCCAUCCUGGGGUCCUACGACAGCGAGCUGACGCAGGCCGAAUACUCGCCCCAGCUGACCCGCCGCAUGCGUGAGGCCGAGGACAUGGUGCAGAAGGUGCUGGCGCACAGCGCAGACAUGGAGGCUCAGCUGUCUCAGGCCCUGGAGGAACUGGGAGGCCAGAAGCAGAGAGCAGACAUGCUGGAGAUGGAGCUGAAGAUGCUGACAGCGAGGUCCAGCUCUGCCGAGCCGAGCUUCCGCUUCUCCAGGGAGGAGGUGGACUCCCUCAGGUUGAAGAUUGAGGAGCUGGAGGGGGAGCGGAGCCGCCUGGAAGAGGAGAAGAAGGAGCUGGAACUGCAGCUGGAGCGACGCAGCCUGCAGGGCGACUACGACCAGAGCAGGACCAAGGUGCUGCACCUGAGCCAGAACCCCGCCCGUGCGGCCAGGCAGCGCCUGCGCGAGGACCAGGAGCAGCUGCAGGCAGAGUGCGAGCGGCUGCGGGGGCUGGUGCGUGCCCUGGAGAGGGGAGGCCCCAUCCCCGCCGACCUGGAGGCUGCUGCCAGCGUGCCAUCGUCCAAGGAGGUGGCAGAGCUGCGCAAGCAGGUGGAGAGCGCCCAGCUGAAGAACCAGCGGCUCAAGGAGGUCUUCCAGAGCAAGAUCCAGGAGUUCCGCAAGGCCUGCUACACACUCACCGGCUACCAGAUUGACAUCACCACGGAGAACCAGUACCGGCUGACGUCCCAGUACGCCGAGCGCAAGGCCGACUGCCUCAUCUUCAAGGCCGCGGGCCCCUCGGGCUCCCAGAUGCAGCUGCUGGAGACGGAGUUCUCGCGCUCGGUGCCGGAGCUGAUCGAGCUGCACCUGGCGCAGCAGGACAGCAUCCCAGCCUUCCUCAGCUCCCUCACCCUCGAGCUCUUCAGCCGCCAGACCGUGGCGUAGCCUCUCUGCCCAGCUGCGGCUGCCGCGCCCGGCCACAUCCCAGGCCUGUGCCGCCGGGCGGGGGCGCCGACGCGUCCAGGACUGCCGCGCUCACCCGGGGAGGGCCCCGGCCUCCGCCCCCUUCAUCGUGCCUUCAGGGUCAGGCCCAAGGGCCCUGGGCCCCCAGGGGCCUCCUGCCUGCCUGUCCCGAGGACCCCACAGGACCCCACACCGCUCAGAACCCGGGCGCCCCCAGAGCCGGCCCCACCCCCCACCUACGGAAUAAAGUUUUGUUCUUCAGCCUCCUCGCCGUGUGUCUCAGGCCCCGGCCCCAGGGCACCUGAGCCCCCGGGGGUGGCGGGGACGCUCCUGCAGCCCCUCCCUGACCGGCUGGUCACGGCUCCCCUGGCCUCUGGUGCACACGCGACCGGCCCCGAGCACAGAAAUAAAGAUGAGAGCAUUCUCCGUGACCCCACGCAGACCCCACCCCGCCAGCCACGUGACUGCGGGCCACGGGACUUGGCUGUCCCUGGGCCGUUGGUCUCCUCAGGGUUCCAGCUCGGUCUCCAGGUGCACUUGCCCGCACCGCCCCCUGGCUCCCGCGGUGCCCGGUGACGGGGUGUCCCUGACCCUGGAAGAGGCAUGGCGGGGCCUAGCCGCUGUCCCCCACGAUGCACCAGGGCACGCAAGGCCCCCUCAUGAACUGUGCUCUGGUGUGUCCUCCCCCUGCACCUGCAGGGGGGAAGGAGGUGGCGAGAGGCGGGCGUGGGAAGUGCAGGCAGCCCCUGAGCUCCCCCAUGAGCUGCCCUUCCAGGCCAAGGCCUAACCCCUGGGCUGAGACGGGGCCUGUGAGGUGGCGGCCCCAGUGCAGCCUCGCUGGGACUCCCUAAGGAGACCAUCGGGACGCAGACACAGCGGGCGGCCACAUGGGACACGGGGCAGCCAUGCCCACGCCUCCACCUCAGAAGUGAACUGGGGGACGGGGGCUCACCCCCACCCGGCCCUCUCGGCGCUGCACUGCCCUUCCCGGUGUGGUUUAGGGACAGGCACUGACCACAUGCGAACACCCGGCAACCCACACACGAAACCCGCUGUGUCCUAGCAGCCGCCGAGGCCAGAGCUCACACCUUGCACCUGACUGGAAGCCGCGUUCCUAACAGCUCCACGCGGCCAGCAGAAGUGGAGGGAGACGCUUCUGGCUCGGGUCUCCCCGUCUCCCACUCUGGGCUGGGCCAGGAGGGAGGGGCCUCGCCCUGGCUGCUGCAUCCAGGGCUGGCAAACCGUGUCCCCACUUCACCAGCAGGAAAACCAGAACCCGAGAGAAGCCAGCGUCCCCAGUCGCCUGGGAGGCGGCCGGCAGAGUCCAGCCCGGCCCCUCCCCGUCUGGGGAAGGGGUGGAGUUAACGCCGGCCUGCAGAGCCUCCGGGCAUCAGAGCCACGGCAGCCACGGCAGCCAUGCAGCCAUGCAGGAGUCUCCGCUCUGGAGCCGGGGUGGGGCGGGAGCGGCAGGAAGGUGUGACGGUGUAACACUGUAAUUAGCCCAAUUACCAGCACCCGCCGAGCCGCCUUUUUUUUUUUUUUUUAACUUCAAAUGUAAAUUAAAUUUUGCACCGGGUUUACAGGCUGUUAACGAAAUUCACUAAUCAAACCCCAACACCAAGUCCUUGAAAACGAGAAU